AUGCACCCAAUAGUAAAGAGCUACCGGCGGGCAGGCCGCCCGCGGGAGGCUCAAUGCACCACAUCCAGCACAUUCCCGGGGCAGCCGCAAGCUUCGUUCCAAGGUACCGGCGACCCACAUCUGGAAGAGGAAAUUGAGCGGAAGGCGGAUGAACUUCUAAGAAAGGGCAAGGUUCAGCCAUCAAGUAGCGGCUUUUGGCACAGUCAUGGUGGGAUCAAUACAACGGUGGAGCAUGUUGCCAGGUCCUUCUGGUGGCCUAGGAUGCGCCCCUCAGUCGAGGAAUACGUUCUGUCUUGUCCGGACCGCCAGCAGCAAAAGCCGCGAAACACCGACAAACCUGGAUUCCUGCACAGCCUGCCUAUUCCUGAUAGGAUCUGGACGGACAUCCCUAUGGAUUUCAUAGUGGGCUUAUCACCCGUCAGAGGCCAUGAUAGUAUAUAUGUCGUGGUGGAUCGGCUUAGCAAAUAUGCCCACUUUAUUCCCUUCUCGAGCUCCGCCACAGCAGAAGGAGUUGCUCAACUAUUCAUUAAUCAUAUGUGGAAGCUCCAUGCGUUCCCCAAAAGCAUCAUUAGCGACAAGGAUCGGAAGUUCUUUAGCGCCUUCUGGCGCAGCCUCAUGCAACGACUCAACAUUGAUCACAACAUGACAACUGCCAGCCAUCCGGAGUCAGACGGCCAGACAGAACGAACUAACCGCACGCUGGUGCAGUAUUUGCAACUUUACAUCCAACAUAACUCAUCUAACUGGCUUGACUUUCUUGCUUGUGCAGAAAAUCACUACAGUGCAUUCGUCCACCCGCUGCUCCCCGGCGUCCCUGGUCCACACAGAAACUCCAUUCGCUGA